CGAGAGGACACUUUAAUGGCGGCAUGAUGUCGCUCAGCUCGUGGCUGUGUUUAGGUGUAACGGCGGCUUCCAUCGAACUGGGUGUGAAUCUACCGCUGGAACCCACCUACAACAUCACCUGUGUUUGCAGCACCUGUGAAACCAACUAUUGUGUCACCAGUGGAAAUUGCUUUGCAUCGUUAGAGAAAGUAAAUGGAGAGGAGAGACGAGCGUACGGAUGUACCGACAUGGACCUCAUGAUCCAUUCCAUGUGCAAGCAGAAGAACCAGGGCACGCUGGCGACCGACUGCUGCAACAACACUAACUUCUGCAACAAGGAUAUUCCGCUGUUGUUGCCGGACCAAACAAAGCCAGGAGAUGCAGCACUGUUCCAAGACCUGAUAUCCCACCUACCACUCGUACUCGCCGUCAUCAUCCCGAUCAUCAUUGUGGCCGUCCUCAUGCCCAUCAUUAUUUUCCUCUUCCGCCGCGUGCAUCAGCGCAGGAUGGAGGCACUGUUUGCCCGUGAGAGACGUUUGUUGGAGGAGGAUGGGAUACGUGCAGCGCAAGUUGGGGACAGUACACUGCAGGAGCUUUAUGACGAGUCAAUGACCUCGGGGUCAGGGUCUGGUCUGCCUUUCCUGGUCCAACAGACAGUCGCCCGGCAGGUCCGAUUAGAUGAGUGCAUUGGUAAAGGUCGUUAUGGAGAAGUAUGGCGUGGAAAGUAUCACGAUGAAGAUGUUGCUGUUAAAAUCUUUUCAUCUCGCGAUGAAGCCAGCUGGUUGAGGGAAUCAGAAAUCUACAACACGUGCUUACUGCGUCACGAGUAUGUUCUCGGCUAUUACGCUUCAGACAUGACGAGCAGAAACUCGUGUACACAGUUGUGGCUCAUCACGCACUACCACAAACAUGGGUCUCUGUAUGACCAUCUCCAGUGGAACGUUCUCACGCAUAUACAGAUGCUGGAUCUGGCUCACUCAGCAGCGGCAGGGCUCGUACAUCUACAUACAGAAAUUGUCGGAAACCAUGGAAAACCUGCAAUCGCACAUCGAGAUAUUAAGUCGAAAAAUAUUUUAGUACGAUCCAACGGAACAUGUUGUAUUGGAGAUCUUGGAUUGGCUGUCACUCAUACUCAAGAAGAUAAUAAGCUGGACUUAGGUCGGAAUAACAAAGUGGGAACAAAGCGAUACAUGGCGCCGGAGCUUUUGGCAGAGACACUUAAUCCUGAUUUCUUUGAUUCAUUCAAGUGUGUGGAUGUGUAUGCAUUUGGUCUGGUUCUGUGGGAGAUUUGUCGCAAGUGCUCUACUGGAGGCUUUCCUGAAGACUACAAGCUUCCGUUCGGGGAGUCGGUGCCGAGUGAUCCGAGCUACGAGGACAUGAAGAAGGUGGUGGUGACCGAUGGUCAACGUCCAGUCAUCCCCAACAGAUGGGCCUCCGACCCGAUUAUGGUGCAGAUGUCCAAGUUGAUGAAGGAGUGUUGGGCCCAGAAUCCAAAGGCUCGGCUGCCGAUGUUGAGAGUCAAGAAAACCCUAUAUUCGAUGUUACGGUCACAACAGAUAGAAGAAAAAUGCCUUAAGAUUGAGGACAGCAAACAUAUCGAAAACACAAAACAGAAUCAGUGUUGAUAAAAGUUUCAUAGCAAUUUGUAGUGGAGGUACUACUUACAUGACAACUUGUCUUAGGGCUUUCAUUUUCUAAUCGUUGCAACAAAUGUGACGGGCACUUCCGUGACUGGAAGUGUGUGAAUGUCUGAUGGAGGGAUCUGAUUGGUUGUUUUGUGUCAUGUGACCGGUUCAGCUCCACACACCAUGAUCUUCAGGAAAUUCUGUGGAAGAGUCCAUUUGAAAUCAGUGCUGAAGAAAAGUGGCAAGAACAGAAGACAGUCAGCCUUGAGAACAGAUGGAGAAUGCAUCAAUGAUUCAAGAAGGAUGAGGACAACACCAAUUAUACGAAUGUUUGUGUAUGUAGGAAUGUGUUUAAGCCUUAGUGAGACAAUAACAGACUUUAGCCAUUCAUCACCCCGGGUGAUAUGGAUCAGUCCAGAUUUGUAAUGACUGUUUGAAGAAUGGAAGAGGUCAUCUGUAACUUGAGGUUGACAAACCUGAUGUAUAUAUUGAUAAUUUGGAUGACCAUGUGAUGUUUCUUUGUGAGGAUUUGAGCUUUAAAGGAUUGUGUUUGUUGCUUUAGGACAAGACUGAAGCCUUCAUUGUUUAUGUUGCUUCCAGCACAGUAUGUAGAGUGAUUUUGCUCAGAGUAGCUGAAGGCCAUUCUUGAAUUGGCAGUUCUUGUCCUCCAUUCCAUAGGCAGUUCUCUGAUAUCCAGACACAGGAUUUUUUAAAACAGAUUACACCUUUUACAACUGUUUUUAUUUCUUCCCACAGAAUCAGUAAUGAUAGAAGCUUAGAAGUAAGUGGAGUACCAAGUAAGGUGUUACUUCAGUUCCCAUGGAAAUACUAGGAAUAUAUAUUGAUUUUUUUUUUUUAAAAAUUGCCAUUUUGUUAAAUAAAUCCAGAUAGCAAAUAAAAUCAUACUUCUGGGUUUUUGAUAAGGAUCGAUAUUUUUAUUUCCAAAUGACAGCUAAAUGAGACACAUUGCUUUAAGUUGUCAUACAGAUGGCUUCAGUGCUAAAAUAGAGCUGGUUUUUUUCAGCUUUGUUUUGGUAUUGAAAAAUGGCAGCUGAAUGUGACACAUUACUUGUCAUACAAAUAGUAUCACUACUAAAAUUGAGCUGAAGUUUUUUCAGCUUAUUAUUGGUAUUGACAUUUCCAGAAAACAAAAUUUUCCUUGAAAUUGUUAUAAGUCGAAUAGUCCUCGAAGGUUUGUAGCGUAUCAGAUUUCUUGGUAUCUCUAUUGAGUGUUGGGUAGUAUAUGUACACAAAGAGUCAAAAUGGGAAACACACGUCAACAGAUUUAGUGCCAAACUCCCAGCACUGAAUCUUUCUGAAUAUAUGGCUACAUUUUUAAUGGACAACAUUAAGUUUGUUAUUAAUUGUUGGUGUGAGUUGAACACAAAUUAGAUGACAAUAUUCGUAGGGUUCCCAAACUGCCAAAAGUGGAAUCACAGCCUGUCAUGUAAUUUUAUGUUUUCUCUUCUUUUUAUCAAAGAAUCUAGGUACUGAUCAUCUGAUGAAGUAGAAGAAAUGUUCUUUGAUAGUUGCUUAGAAAUACUACAUUCCAUCACCAUGGUUACGAGGAAUGUAAAGUGGAGGGCCAAAAAGGGCUAAACCAAAGAAAGGUUGAUAAUUUUAUGUCAAAAUAAAGGUAUAAAUUGUUAAAAACACUGUGUGGUAAUUCAUCGAAUUGGAAAGAGCACUUGGGUUGCCUGGAUUGAAUUUUCCUUGAGUACAAUCUGUUGAGCCUAUUUGUGGCGAGUUUGAUCUAUAAUGUUGCUGGAAUAUGGCAGUGGAAACACAUCUUAUUUAGUUGGAGUAUCACGGGUCUGACUGCAGAUUUAUCACCAUCAGAUGGUUAAAACCAGGCUGCCUGUUGGUCAAUUUAAUCGCUGGACAACCAGACCCAUCUUUGAUUAUUUACAAGUUGCUGUCAUAGCUGGAAUAUUGCUGACAGCAACAUGUAUAUGAAAAAAAAUGGAAUCUAUUCUAUCUAUAUUGAUUUUCAUUGGUGUUCUUUUUAUAAUUUAUACCUUUUUUUGACCAUCGUAGAACUAGUCAAUCACAGCUAAUGUAGAUAUUUGUGUUAUUUGUAAUAUAUUCAAGAUUUAUUUUGUUACAAUUUGCCAAAAUACUUCACCUUAACAUAGUCAAAAAAGAUGAAUGCAAGUGUUUGCCGCAGAACGUGUCUAUGCCUUUACCAUGUGUAAAAAUUUCCAUUUCGAAGUAAAAUUGUUCACACAUAUCUCAAGUAUAGGUAGACAUUAAGAAUUUUGAAGGUAAGCUCCAGUACCUCAGGUUAGAUAUGUCUAACAGUUGAAGUCUACAUGCUUUAUUCACAAAACCAAAGUCAUUCAUCACUAGGUGAUUGUUUAUUAUGAUUCAUGUUAAUUUAAUUUUGUUUGAAAUAUAUCAUUUAUCAGUCAUCAUAUCACUUUUCAUCUUAGUCUUACAAUUGACAUGCAUCACCUGUAAAUAUGUAAUUAAUGUCUCAACAUUUGUUGCCAAGACUUGAUGUAUAUGUUCCCUUUUGUUUUAGCAUCCUUGCAGAUAGUGUUUUUGUUGGUACUUCUAAUGAAGGAUUUUCUAUUUUAACAACCCACCGCUGUGUCAGUGCAUUUUGAAAAGGGCCAUUGAUACUUAAAAUGCUUUGAGCACAUUUGUUAUUUCUUUUCAUCCACCUCUGUGUAAGAACCGUCCAAAUACAGUUAUUCUUUCAUGUUGUCAGCCAAAUGUGACAUACCUCCAAUGGUAAAACAGCUAAAUUCUUUGGUAAACUUUUUUAUUUUUGAAGUCAAGUAAAUUAUGUCCCGUCCAUGAAAUCUUUAAAUGUUUUAGUAUUUUUUUUCUUUCCCCAUUUAAGAUCCCAAACAAUAUGAAAAUAAAUAGCAAUGUUGAAUGUCAUUUAUAAUUAUAAUGACUCUUGCCUGAAGGUAUCUCUUUAGACUGGGUACCAUUCCAAUGUUUUUCAGCUUUAACUAUGUAAAAUAAAGUUAUGUUUUGUUGUGCUACAUUGUUAUCCUGUUUCAGGUUUGGUAUUUUGGGGGACAGUCUGAUAACAAAAUUCAAGAACUAUUUCUUCAGGAGCUUUUAAAUUCCUAGUUUUGAGACUGAUUAUAGCAGAGCACCUGUUAAUCUGUGACCGAGACAAGCAACUCUUUCAAGUAAUUGUACAGUUUGUCCAUUCUACUGUAAAUUAUCAAUAUGCUUGAUGUAUAUAUAGGUUCAGAAAUAUAGUUUGUGAAUCUAUGUACCCAAAUAAAGUCAUAAUUUAUUUGCAAACAUG